AUGACGCUGCUGUCGCUGAGAUUCACCUUUCAGUUCGGCCUGGCAGCUGUCGUCUGCGGGGCUGUCGUCAAGAACGGAUCAACAUGCACCGUCACGCCGCUCAACACAGGAAACACCAGCGAUGACACGCCCCAGAUCUUGCAGGCCUUCCAGCAGUGCGGCAAGGACGCUUUCAUCAACUUUCUCGAAGGAACGUAUAAUAUCCGCCAGGUCAUGGACACGACCACCCUCGAGAACUGUGACAUCUCCAUCUACGGCACGUUCUUGUGGAGUGCCGACAACCUGCAGUACUGGAUCGCAAACUCCCUGCCUGUCGUCUACGAUGGGGUCACCACGGCCUGGAGGCUCGGCGGUACCAACGUCACUAUGAGAGGCUUCGGGAAGGCGCUCUUUAACGGCAACGGCCAGGCCUGGAUCGACGCCAACCGCGACGGGAGCAACAUGAAGGGCAGGCCCAUCUCUUUGACCAUCUGGGAGGGUACGAAUAUCCUUGUGGAUGGCAUCACCUGGCGCCAGGCACAAUUCUGGCACACCUUUGUCGCGCACAGCCAGAACGUGACUAUGACGAAUCUCGAUAUGUCCACGACAUCGGAUUCUCAGUGGUCGGCGGUCAAUACGGAUGGUUUUGAUAGCUGGAACUCUGCAGAUGUGACGCUUGCGAAUUGGACAGUGACAUCUGGUGAUGUAAAGAAACAAAUCAUUAUAAUGCAUAGGGCAAAAUCAAGCAAGGAAAAGAAGACAGAUUGCAUCGCCGUCAAGGGAAACAGCACCAACAUCUCUGUAAAAAACGUCACCUGCUAUGAGAGCGGCUGCACGACCAUCGGCUCUGUGGGGAACAACGCCGUCGACUUCGUAGACAACGUUCUCUUCGAGGACAUCCGCUGCAUCCACAGCUCCAACGCCGCCUGGAUCAAGACGUACCCGGCCCAGAGCGGCCACGUCAACAACGUCACCUUCCGCAACUAUGAGAUUCAGGACGUCAACCAGCCCAUCUACGUCACCAGCUGCAUCUACAGCUACACAAACUGCGACAGCUCGCGGCUACCCAUCACCGACAUCACUUGGGAGAACAUCACGGGCACGAGCCAGUACGAUGUCGCUGCCGCUCUGCACUGCAGCUCUGCCGCGCCGUGUCAGGAUCUUAGUUUCAGUGGAAUCAAUAUCACGGCACCAGGAGGGGGCCAAGAAAAAGUGUUGUGCUCCAAUAUUGCCAACCAAGCGACUUCGGGUCUGGAUUGCACGGGGACUUGUCCAGGGAGCUGGCCGCAGCAGUUGUCUGGAAACCAGUGA